AUGAAGAUACCACACCUGAAACUCUUUUUUUUGAGCUGUUGGAACAUUUUGACAAAAUUUUGUAGCGCAAAUGAGGAAACCAGUUUUUCAAAUUUAAAAUGGGAACAUGACUUAUUCAGCAUAGGUGAUCUGCACGGAGAUAUGGAUGCGUUUUUAAAAAUUCUACUGAAUGAAAAAAUGAUUGAUAAUAAUUAUAAUGUGAUACGAGAAAAUGUGCUGAUAGUCAUAACCGGUGACGUUUUGGACCCCUCUUAUGAUGACAUAAAUAUAUUAUUUUUUAUCGAGGAGUAUAACGAAAAGGGGAAAACGAUGAAUUCGAAAAUUUUAAUGGUUUUGGGAAAUCAUGAAGUUAAAAACAUGUGUUUAGAAUUCAAUAAAGUGAAAAAGAACGUAGAAAAGUACCAAAACAGAAAUGACAUGUUCCCGAAAAAUGAAGUGAUCUACAACAUUUUAGUGAACAAGCCAUUUGUUCUGAGGGUAAAUGAAAUGAUAUUUUCACAUGCAGGGGUGUUGCCAUUUUAUGCCUCUUACGGCAUUGACUAUAUAAAUCAGGAGGGGAAAAGGGAAAUAGAAAAUAAUUGCAAACUCCUGUUCAAAAAAAGAAAAAGAAAAGAAGAGUUUUGCAUAAACUGUGAUUAUGGGCCUACAUUAAAUCGAUAUUUCUCUUUUGUGAACGAUGGUGUUUUUAAAAAGUGGAUGGUUUGUUCCACUUUAAACAAAUCGUUAAAUUUGUUAAGUUCGAGCAGAAUGAUAGUUGGGCACACUGUUCAGAGGAACAAAAAGAUCAACAGCUUUUGUGAUGAAAAAUUGUUGCUAACGGAUACGGGCAUAAGUAAAUGGAAGAAUGGGGUGGUAUCUUAUGUGCAGUAUUUUAAGGACGAGUGGCGCUGGUGA